GCCGUUUUUCUCCACAAGAAAAGCAAUCAUACUUUGACAUAUCUUUGAACCAUUAAAUUUUUGAAGUUAUUCCCAAUUUUCUGGAAAAUAUUACAGUAAGAAGAGAAUUUAUACAGGAUAAAUUCGCAAAAAUGGGUGCUGUUUCAAUGAUUCUUUUGCUCCUAAUCACAAUCUUGGUCCCUCCUGUCGGUGUCUUCCUAGUAUCAGGAUGUGGACCGGAUCUCUUGAUAAACAUAUGUUUAACACUCCUUGGAUACAUACCAGGACAUAUCCACGCAUUCUACAUCGAAUAUGUCUACUAUGAACGACGAGAGGCAGGCAGAGAAGGAAGAUUCCAAGCAGCGAGAGCUCCGGGAAUUUAUUCGGAUAGGGUGCAAGGAGGUGGCUACGGUACGAUCGUUGAACCUACGCAUUAAUGGGGGGUCAUUGUCUGAGUUCAGCUUGUUUUGCAGUUCAUGAGGCGAAUCCGUAAAUCGAUUGGGGGCUCGAGAGCGGGGGAGGAGGUAAUGAUUGGGUACUUUGGGGGAUCGAAACGAGGAUAAUCGGGGUUAUAAUGAUGGGGAUGAUAGACAGUAGAAGCUGUGCCAUAUAUUCAGAGGGCCUGGGGAGAGACUUGGGGAGUUCAUGAACAACUACUUGGGAUACCAGUUUGUCUUUCGAAAGCUAUAUAAAAGUUGGGUUGGGUUGGGUUGGGUUGGGUUGGACUGGCAAUACCAAAUUUGAAUUUUCGUUUCACUUUUCCUCCUUGGUGUAUUGCAAGAGACAAAUCAUAGAUACACAAAUACUUUGCGUGCAAAACCUCUCUUGAUGCUUCUACAAUAUCAAACACA